AAGCAGAAGAAGUCUCAAAACCGGAAAAGGCGCCAAAAUUCAAGCGAGCCUGAAAAGUAAACAUGUUGUAGCCAGAGAAACCUUUAUAAAAAUGGACCCGACAUCUCAGUUCUUUGCGAAGCUUCGUAAACUGGCAAUAACUCUUGAAACAGAAACGACCAAACUUCAAUCGGCCUUUGAAAAUCGUAAAAGCGACGAUGAGGACAGGAGCGAGAGUACAGCCAGGGGGAUGCGAGCUUAUCACGAAUUAAACUGCGAAGUUCAAAACAUCAAGGGGCAGAUCCAGGAUAAUGUGGCACAGCAGAAAACAAAUGUGGCUGAAGUGGACCGCUUCAUAAAAGAUUCUGAAGUGACACAGCAGAAGUUCUCUGAAGACCUGAACAAGAUCAAAGCUCACUGGGAAAAAUAUGGAUACCAAACUCCUAAACAGACUGAAAACACAAACCAUGCCAGUGAUCAUUCGCCUAAAGACGAGGCUGUUAUAGAAGAUGAAAACCAGUUAUCAGAGGAAAUAGAGGGACAUCAGCAAGAGACUGAAGAAGAGCUCUCACCAGAGAAACCUCCUCCUCCACUGGCCAACCCUAUGCGUACCCCACAGCUCUCUGACUUUGGCCUGUCUGAGGCACAACUUAAGAGAGCUUUGGAUGGUGGAGAGUGGUGCACCGAUGUGCCUCAGAUGCCUGAAAUGAACCUUCCCCAUCCUGCAUUAAACACACCAGCUCCUCCGGCAAUGGCUCUCACACCCAAACGUGCCCUGUGCAUGGAUGAGGAGGAACUGCUCACCCCACAGAUGCACGACUUUGGCAUCUCAGAGCACACCAUGUGUUUUAACAAUGACUUUACCAUGGAUCUGCGACUGAAGAGUUUUGAGAAAACGAAAAAACAACAACAAAAUCUCCUAGAGCCACCUGUUAAUCCUCUGAUGGAAAGCAUACAGGCAAAUGACGAUCUUGAAUCGCCAGAGCCUCCUGUAUUUUGUACCCCAGGAUUAAAGAUAAAAAAGACACAUCCCACCACUGAAUGCAGUUCUGAUUUAGAAUCUCCUAGUAGCCCUGCUAUUCUGCCAUCCACCCCUGAGGUCCCUGCUUUUCAAACUCCAUACGUAAACCGCCUUCUCAGCACAAAAAAGAAUGAGAGAAGGCCUGAGACAAUUAAAAUGGAAAGUGAUGACAACAGCAAAGUGUUUAAUGUCCCAACACCACCUCGUGAUGGUGGUGAAGCCUCUAAAUGCAGCUGGGAGUACAAUGUGCCACGCUUACGGAUUGAAGACAUGAUGGCUGAUGAGAUGCCAGAGAUGCCAAACCUGGAGUCUAAUUUGGGAAACUCUUUGCAAACUAAAAGUGCAAAGAUGCAGAAAAAGGUAUGUGGCCGUGAAAAGCCCAUUGUCAGUGCGCUGGACCUGGAUGGACCCACUCAAGAGUUUAACCUGGGAACACCGUGUGUCAGAAGAGACUACGAGGAGCCGAGCACCCCCGAAAUGCCCGACCUGAGUUCGGUGACACAGGACAUAUGUAAACUUGUCUCUCAGACACAGAUGAGAAAAUCAGCCAAUGUUGUCAAGAAACAACAAGAAAAAGAAAACACUAGUCCUCCCCGAAGAUUUGACACACUGGCGUCAGUAUCUGAGCAGGAGUUUCAUAGUUUACCUGGUUACCUAAGGCAGAUGACUUUGAGCAGUCUCAACCAGGCUGUGGACAACAUCAACAGCUCCAUAGCUAUGUGUAAAGGAGGAAAGACCGAAUUUCACAUAGAGCAGCUGAAACAAAUGAUAAAUUUUGGAGCGAAGACUCCUUUAUUUAUUGUUUGUUUAAGCGAACUCAAAAGACUGGACCAGAUCAAAGGAACCAGAAACAACUCUGUUUAUAAACUAAAGACUCACAGCUGAAACACAGAACUAACAAUGGUUGUCUAAAAUCUGUGUUUUGUUAGUAACUCAAGGAAUUUAUUGUCAUUUCCAAUCAAUUUUAAAUAAUUUCUAACAAAAUAAACCACAACUGUAGCAGCAUGGUGUGUGUGAUAAUAAAUGUUUGUGGGUAUAGUA